CAUGUGUUUUAUAGGUAACAAAAACUGUUGUCAAGCGUUACUAAGGAAGUGGAAAGUUUGCUUAGCGUUCGGUGCUAACCAGCUAAGCUAAAGAUAGCUAGCCAGCUACCUCAAUAACGAUGUAUUCUCACAACCCUGCAAUGGACGGAACUUGAUUUUGCUUUCCCCCAGGUAUCUAACGACGAUAAUAAUUUGAUUAAAUGAAGCGUCAUGUCUAAUGCAUGUGUCUUUCCCAGACUGCCAGGUUCCUAGCUAACUAGCGUUCUGCUGUCAUAGAUUAGCUAGCACACAGCUAACAUUAGUUACGUUUCUCAAGCUAGAUUGGGCGCAUAGUAAGCAUUAGCUAGCUAUCUCUGCUAUCAGAACCCAUAACUAGGAGCAUAACAUGUUAACGAUGAUGUAGCUAUCUAGUUAGCUAGCCUUAAAAGUGAUCAGCUAACGUUAGCUUAGCUAGCUAGUAAAUUUAGCACCCAGUUAACGUUAACUAGCUGCCAACAGAGCUGCCACUUUCAGGCAGUAAUUUAGCUAGCUAGCUAGCUACCGAUAACGAGUCAAUCAUAUGUGCAGUUUACUAGAUAACGUUAGCUAACUAGUUAGUUAGUAAAAUUAAUCGUGCCUAAUGAUGUAAUACCUAUCUUAACGUUAUACCUUGUGUGAGAUCAGUAACAGGGCAACAUAUGGAGCUAAUGUGAAGUAUGAGUUAAGGAAUAGAAUUGAGCCAUCAAACAUAAUUAUACAUAUUAUCAAUCACUUCUCAAUAAUAGUAGCUAAAGUAAUCGUUUUCUAGAUUAUCUCCUUCUAAUCAAAUGGAGUCCCCAUGCACCUAGAAGGUGCAGCCUGCUAUGAGGAUGACUGAGAAUGGGGAGGACAGCAGCCCCUCUCAGCCUGUUGUUGGAGUGUUACCUGGUGGAGCUCCUGGUGGGAAGAAUCCAGGAGAAGUAAGUGGUGACAAUAGGCUGGUGAACCCCAAUACAGAAGACAACAAAACCACAAAGCUCCUCAACAACACCAUGAAAAUCACUCAGGAUGUACGAGACCAAAGCAGCAAGACCAGUCCCUACCAGCCCCGACCACCCCUGCUGCCAAAGCCCCUUGCACUGUCAAAUGGAGGGAACAGUGGUUCGGUGGAGGAGGUGAGAAGCAGGAGACUGAAGAACAGCCAGGAGAGUCUGACCGACCCAGCUGAGACCGGUUCCUCCACAGAAUCUCUUAAAGAGGAUUCAACAGUUACAGGUGUGUUCACCUUGAGCGGUGCUGCCACCUUGAGGAACGGACAGGGCUCUGUCGUGGGACCCCAAUCGGCUCCAUCAGGGUCCCCCGUCUUCGGAGCCAGGGGCCAGAGCUUUUCAGAGUACGAGCGGGGGCCCCACGACCACCACAGUGACCCUGCAGAGCAGCGGGUGAGGUCCUCCAAGGUACGCCUCUCUCCCUUACAGCCCUCGGGUCCAUUUCCUGCUCUGGAGCAGAGCUUGGCUUCCGCAUCCUUAAGGACGGCUAAUCGGAUUGACAGGGAUUGCCUGGAUUAUGGCAUUGUGCCUGGGAGGGCUGGGCCGGAGAGGCUGCAACUGCACAGGAACCUGAGCGACAGCCGGCUUCUGGAUAACAUGGUGUCGGACAACAUCUCUGUCAACUCCAUGAAGUCCACGUUCAGCGUGUUGAACCCCAUCAGACCCAGGGACGUCAGGAACAGGAGUUUUUUGGAGGGCAGUGUGCUGGGUAGUGGUGCCCUGCUGGGGGCUGAGGAGCUGGACCGCUACUUCCCAGAGAGGAGAGUUGGCAUCUACAUAGCCACAUGGAACAUGCAGGGAGAAAAGGGACUUCCAAACAACCUAGACGAUCUGUUGCUCCCGACGGACUCUGAAUUUGCUCAAGACUUUUACAUCAUCGGAGUCCAGGAGGGAUGUCCAGACCGGAGGGAAUGGGAGAUCCGUCUUCAGGAGACUCUGGGGCCGUACUACGUCAUGCUCUACGCAGCCUCCCACGGGGUUCUCUACCUCACUGUGUUUGUCAGGAGGGACCUCAUUUGGUUCUGCUCAGAAGUGGAGCAUGCCACGGUCACAACACGCAUCAUGUCUCAGAUCAAAACCAAAGGAGCUGUGGGGAUCGGCUUCACUUUCUUUGGCACUUCCUUCCUCUUCAUCACCUCCCAUUUUACCUCUGGAGAUUCCAAAGUGUACGAGAGGAUUCUGGACUACAACAAAAUCAUUGAAGCACUUGCUCUUCCUAAUGGUCUUCCAGACACCAACCCUUACCGCUCCACAUCCUCGGAUGUGACAACACGGUUUGAUGAGGUUUUCUGGUUUGGGGACUUUAACUUCCGUCUGAGCAAAGAUCGUGUGGGGGUAGAGGCCAUUCUAAACCAGAACCCGGGUGUGGACAUGGGCCCUCUGCUCCACCAUGACCAACUCUCCAAGGAAAUGAAGGAUGGUUCCAUCUUUAAAGGCUUCCAAGAAGCACCAAUUCAGUUCUUCCCCACCUACAAAUAUGAUGUUGGCUGUGACAUGUACGACACCACCUCCAAGCAGAGAACUCCCUCGUACACAGACAGAAUACUGUUCAGGAACAGGCAGGUGGAUGACAUCAAAGUGAUAAAGUACACCAGCUGUUCAACGAUAAAGACGUCAGACCACCGGCCUGUCAUCGCCAUGUUCCAGGUCAAACUGCGUCCCGGGAGAGACAAUAUUCCUCUGGGAGCAGGCCAGUUUGACAGGAGUCUGUACCUGGAGGGCAUCAGGAGGAGGAUCACCAGAGAGCUGAAGAAGAGCGAAGCCAUAAAGAACCAGGGCAGCAGCACCAUCUGCUCAAUCUCCUGAACCUGGACCGGACUUGACUGGACCAGUCCUCCCUCCAGAAUCACUCUGACCCAGUCGUGAUGGACAAAAGGGAACCAGUCUUUGGUUGCCACUUCCAGCCCAGUCUGUGUGUGGGUCAUGGAAGUCACAGAAACUGAUCUGUGAGCACCCCCUACUGAGAGCUGUUGGAACUGUCACUCAUGGUUUAUGGGGGGCUGAGGUUGUAGCUGUGGGGCGGUUCUUGAGGGUAGGGACCUUGAAUUAAUGACAGAUACCAGCCUGCAGACUCAGCAGUUAACUGGUCUAUUUAUACAGCCCUUCCACAAACAAGACUGAGCUGAGGAACGUGCCAUUGAAGAUGACCUUUUAGACAGUCAGUCACAUCUCCAUCUGUGCGCUGGCUGGCUGAAGCGAAUGCUUUAUGUAAAUUGUACUUUUAAAAAAAUGUCUAAUUGUUUUAUUUAACAAGCCAGGUUGAUAUGGACUAUGUAAUGUCACCUUUUUUACUUGGUGUAACAGUUUUCAAAGGCCUUGUAAAAUGCAUUUUCAACAAACAGCUCUUACAGAUGUUUAAUAGUAUACAUCACUUUCGGUUGAUAUACCAAAGCUCAAUUCACUCCAAAACUUUUGUGUUUUUCAUGGAAAAACGAACCCAUGUGAUUUCACAGAAAUUGGCUUGUUAUUCGUAUCAACUUUAUAGGAAAGGUCAGUUAUUUUGGUGUUGCUUGAUGCAAAUGCAUUCCCUACAAGUACGGUACUUAUUGAAAUAACUUAAUACAUGGUCUUUUCUGGCAUUGUAUAAUACCAGAUGUAUGAAUAAUAUCUUUCAAAUAUUUAACUUAUUUACAUAUUGUAUAAUAUCUCACAUAAUAGAUACAGAAUCAUCUUUUGCAAUGGUGAUGUUGAUCGUGUUGGAGGGGUUUGUUAGACCGUACUCUGGUUCAUUGCCUUAAUGUCACCUGUCUUGACUAAAUGAAAUACACUGUCAUGUAACUUAUUCAAAAAUGACUUUCCGUCCUGUAUUGUGCUAACGAAGGGAAGAUAAUUCAUUUUGUUCUUGCAUGAAGAUCAAUGGUUCUGGUGUAAUGGUGAAUCAUGAGUUGUCAUUACGUGCUCAUGGCAAGUGCCUGUGAUCUUGUUUGUGAUUUCCUCAGGACUCCAUAUCUGUGCAUCUUUUAUAACACAUGCUUUGUGAUGUAACAUCACAUAAAAAAAUGUUUGGUA